CAGCUGAUGUGGAUUAGCUCUGAUUUGGUUUGAGGCUUUGCAGUAAAACGUUUCUGACAGCCGCCGCGGCAAAUCCACAGGGAGACUCAACCCUGACACGACCUGUGACCCCCCCAGGGGUCAGAGGUCAGAGAACCGCGAGACAGAAGAGAUCUGCAAGGAAAGCUUUGGAUGGAAACGGUUCAGAAAAACAAAUAUUUCAAGAACUUUGGCUUCUUUAUUUAGGCUUUUAAAAGAUGUUUUAGGCAAAAAGUCUCAUUUCAGGAAGGUGAUGAUAUUAAUGUUUCAGCACAAAUGUAACAUUUUGUCCAAGUCGAGUUUAUCUACAUCACAUUUCAGCAACAAGACAUUUCAAAGAUCUUAAAACACAUCAAUCAACAACAACUGAAGCAUCACAUCAACAUGUUGAUUAAUGUUUUAUUUAUAAUGUUUCUAAAUCAUCUCUACCCAGCUGGGCUUUUAGUCUACAUUUAAAGGAACUCAGUGUUUCGGCUGUUAUGCAGUUUUCUGGACGUUUGUUCCAGAUUUGUGGUGCAUAGAAGCUGAAAGCUGCAUGUUUGGUGUUUAACGCAACGAUAAGAUGGAAAAACAGCAACGAUGAUUUCAGAGGAGCAGCUGUUGCUUCUGCCCAACAACAGGAAGUUCAUCUGAUUAAAAACCAGCAGUUAAUAAUAUUAACUUUGGAUCAUCAGGAAUGUUCUGGAUUUAAAUUAGGAAACUUGAAACAAACCUCCUGAAUCAUAGAAAGGUUUUGAUGCUGCAGUGAAUGUUUGUGUCGUCAGAGUAACGUGAUGUGAUGCUUUCUGUCCGUCUGGAGAACCAGAGGCAGAUCCUGGCUGUCGGUGCGAAGCUUUAAAACAUGCUGAGCGUUUCUCUCUCUGAUGAUCCGCCGGUCACCACCGAAACGAGUUUCUCCGUUUGUUUCACCUCCUCCUGCAGGAUGGAGCAGAUUCUCACUGCAGAAGAGAUGCUGUUUAUGAAUGGACUGAGUGGAAAUGUUGCAGAACCAAACUGUGAUCACCAGCCCUCAUUCGAUUGGCCCGCUCAGGAAUCCGAGCUGCAGUACUGCAGUCUGACCAGCAGGGGGCAGAUCAACUCACAGGCUGCCGUUGCUAGCUCCGUCCAUCCUCUGGUCCCCCUCCUCCUCCUCAGCGACAGGCACCUCCCCCUCCGCUCCCCCUACAGCCAGCCAAUCAGCAGGCCCGUUGCCCGGCAGGCCGACCUUCCCUCCUGGACACGCCCCUGUUACCACGGCAACAGCGUUUCCAGGCAGUCGGUGAAGAAGCCGCUGAACGCCUUCAUGCUCUACAUGAAGGAGACGCGACACCAGGUGCUGCAGGAAGGACGGGAGAAGGAGAGCGCCGCCAUAAACCGCAUCCUGGGACGCCGGUGGCGCGCUCUGCCUCGAUCGGAGCAGUCCCGGUUCUACGAUCUGGCCCAGAAGGAGCGGCUGCUGCACAUGCAGCUCUACCCCGGCUGGUCCGCCAGGGACAACUACGUACGUACCAAACAUCCUGAACACUCACAGCACACAACUUCAGGAAAAAACUCAGGUUUUCCUUCGUUUCCAGGGAAAGAGGAAGAGGAAGCAGGUGGCGGGAAACUCUUCCAGGUCAGAGGUCAUCUGCAGCCAGGUGUAGUUCAAUGAUCCAGCCAAGAGUCAGACAGCAGCUGCGUGUAAAGAUUUUAUAGACGAUAAUCUGAAACUCUGCACUGAUGUACAGUAAAAAUGAGACGUGGGAAAUGGUUGGGAAUAUUGCAACGUUCUUUAAUGUU